AUGGAAGUAGAAAAGAACAAUCCUGUUAACGAAGUAUCAAAAGAACUUGCAAAACAUUUAUGUGUAUAUGAAAAUAGUACCGAAGUCAUAAAAGACAUUCACAAUGGUAUUGAGAAUGUAACGGUUCAAAUGGAAGAUACUAAAAAAUCUUUGGAACAGGUUCGUUUUGAUGCUGAAACACGUUCAGAAGUUGCUUCGAAAGAACUUUAUGAGGCUGCUCAUUACCUUGAUUCAUUAUAUAAUAAGAUUGACGCAUUAGAACGGUUCAUAAACAUUGUCAAAGAAAAUGUUAAUGAAGUAACAGAUCGUGUUGAAACAGCAGAAGGAUUUCUUACAAAUCCAAUUAAUCGUGUAUUAGAUACAAUAAAAUUGAAUACGGCCAAAUCGAUCGACUCUGAAGAUCUGAGGCUUCCGCCAAUGAAACCUCUUAAUAUUUAUCACACAUCUGAUUUUUUUCCAUCUUCACCUGGCAAUGAAUAA